CCUCCUGAGAAUCUACACACUGAGAGCCUUCAAAAUGAAGUUUAUUCUUUUCGUAACCUUCUUGGCCUCUGCUGCCUACAUGACCUCAGCAAAGAAACUGCUUGUGGUUGGUGGUUUGAACGGUGGUGGACUGGUCACUGGACUGAAUGGCGGCUUGCUGGGCCCAGGGGUAGUGGUUGGAGGCCUGAACCCAGCGCUGCUUCCUGCUGGUGGAGCUGUAAUAGGACAGCCACCAAUCGCUCAGGUGCUGCCCCCGUACAUGUUCCAGCCUCCUUUUGCUGCUGCUCCUUUCAUGCUGCCGAACCCUCAGGCCCCACUGCCUCCACAGCCAGCUAUGGCUUACCCACCAAUGAUGGGCCUGCCUUAUCUUGCGAACCCAAACCGCCAGGUCCUCCCUCCUCAGCAGCAAGCAGCGGGCGGACUGAACCCGAUGGGAAAUGGCCAGCAGCCACAGGGGGACAUGCCGGCUGGCCCGGUGCCAAGAUUCAGGCGAACACUGCUCAGGAGAAUGCAAGCAGCUAAUGCGAAACACCCAGGCCACGCCAACCCCUUCUAUAACCGAGCACCCUGA